CUGUCCGGCGGCAAAGCAUUGUGGGUCAUCGCGGUGACAGACGCCAUGAUUUUUUACUGUAGCUGCACCAGAAAAUGGCUGCUUUCUGCUAGUUAGCUAGUUGAAUGGGUGUCUGAAGCUCCCAGGAGUUUUCUGCAUCAUCUCAACCCAACCUCGUCUCGGAUAUUACACCCAGAGGACACAAACGUACAUGUUGUUCUCUGAAUCUGAUACAAAAUUAUUUGAGCAGAUUGUGGCUGCUGAAGUGCAAGCUGGGGUUAGCUCGAGGCUAGUUAGCAGCUAGCUGGCUAAUGCUAGCAGCCGCCACCGGGGAAGCCCAUGUUAGCUAGCUAGCUAAAAGAGGCUAGCUACGAUAAUAUCAGCCGGUUCAUCACACGAAUACAUGCACUGUCGAAGUACAGCGAUACAAAUCGGACCAAAGGCUACACCUUAAGGUAUGGCCUGGAUUUGACUUGGAUGGUGCUGGUGAUGGCAGAAGGGACUGGCACUGGCGAAAUGCCCUCCUUUGACCCAAGUCCUAGUUCUGAAGCAAAAAAGAGACCCACUUCUUCUGAUGGCAGAGACGAGCCCAUGAGGAAAAUGCCUAUGUCAAAAUUUGGUUCCAGACCUCGAUUUGAGCCAGUGCACUUUGUGAGUGGUGGCAGCAGCGGAGGAACCGGCGCUGACGAGAAGGAGAACGAUAAGGAGCGCAGGAGGAGCGAGUCGUUUGGUGCGAGGCAGUGGGACUCCGAACACUCGUCCUACGGCGGCACCGGCAGAGCGCAGGGCUCCGCCUCCCUGAGGUCUACGUUUGACAGAGUGCCAUUGUACACUUCUGACUCUUGGGGUACCCACAGAGACAGAGACAGUGAGAUUUUUUCAGGUAGCACAAGUGGGUUGGGGUAUGGAGGACGUUGGUCCAGCUCAAACUUUAUGGUGAAAACAGAGCAGGACUACUCAACCAAGUAUGAAGCCCACUCCUCUCGGGGUUCAGACUCCUAUCCUCAGCCCCAGAGAUACAACGGAUACGGGGGAGCGAGCAGGGCAGGAGGCUGGGAUUCAGGACGUCAGGGUUUGGGAUACAGUCAUCAGGACCGACUGUCAUCCAGCAGGCCGUUCAGCAGAGUCUACAACAGCCCUGGCAGGAGCAGUCCCACCACAUCUCAGUCGGUCUCUUCAUCACAGCCGGUUCCUAUAUCUCAGCCAACGCUGGAUGAGAAGCAACGGCUGAUUUCCAAUGUAGCGUCUGCAUUGGCUGUUGCGUUCAGGGACCCGAUGUUCCUGACUGGAAGUGAAUCACCGAACUAUAAUUUCAUGUUGAGCCGCAGCAUUCAGGCCUGCAAGACUAAUCCCGAGUAUAUUUAUGUCAACCUGAAGGACAUUCCUCAAUCCGACCUACCGAAGAACAGGAAAGUACCAACCGACGGUUACGCCUGUGAGUUGAGAUGUCAGGGUGUGUAUCUUGCUACCGGGUACUCCGGUAGUAAAAAUGGAGCGAGGGACCGGGCCUCUGAGCAAGCUGUUAAGCUCUUCCUGAAAACAGUGGAGGUUCGUGUGGUGCAGCGCAAAUACAGACACUCGGUAGUCAACGACAUAGUCGUGUGCCAGAUGCACACCCCGACCCCCGGCUUUUUACCUGCACUCCGAAACCCAGAGGACAAACCGACACCCAGCUCCAAGGGCCAAUACGAGCCGGACAAACGGAAGCACUGGACGGAGUUUGUGGUUAUGGACAACGCUCACGACGCCAUCUGCAUACUCAACAACUCUGCGGCUUUUAAUCGCAUGAAGAUAGACUAUAAGUUUGACCUGCUCCCCAACAACAUUGCUUGGCUGUGCAGUGUUUUCCUGCAGGGCGAGCUGGUGGCGCAGUCAACGGGUACCAAAAAGAGCUCGAAGCAUUCAGCGGCCGAAGACGCUGUGAGGAAACUUCGGAUGAACCAGGCGCAACGACAGCAACAGCAGCAGCAACAACAACAACAACAACAACAACAGCAGCAGCAGCAGCAGCAGCAGCAACAACAACAACAACAACAACAACAACAACAACAACAAGAACAACCGCAACAACAACUAUCACAAUAUCCCAGAGGAUAUAAUCAAUCAGAUUCCGGUGGACGCUUUGGACAACAGGUUGUCAAAAAGAAGCAUCUGAGUGAAUUGGUCAUCCUGGAAAACUCUGACAAUGCAAUCUGUAUCAUUAAUGACACGGCUCAGUUUAAUAAAGUGACUGCUGAUUACAAGUUCACGGUUCUGCCGGAUCAUCGAUGGAGGUGCGAGGUUUACUUGGAAGGACAGUAUGUAGCCGCGGGGAUUGGGCCCAAGAAAAUAGUGAAGCACAUUGCAGCAAAGGAGGCCUUGACCACGUUGAGGCAGACACAGGCCGUGGUCAAAUCCAACCUCAGGAAGGAGGGUCACUGCGACGCCAUAUCACGAUCCCAGAUCCUGGCCCGCUCUGGUGAGCAAGCCAUAAAACAGGAGAUUAAGGAGGACAACAUCGGGAACCAGCUGCUCCGUAAGAUGGGCUGGAAAGGAGGCGGUCUGGGCCGAGAUGGGGAAGGUAUCGCGGAGCCCAUCAGAGUGAAGGAGCAAUUCUCCAGAGAAGGUUUCGGUUUGGACACGGACAAAACCGGAAACCAGCUCCGCAAGCGCGACAUCGAGGACAUCAUUCGUACCUACGCCAGUUCGGACCGUCAGGACGAUCUUCGGUUCUCCACCGACCUCACCAACGACGAACGCAAGCAGAUCCACCAGAUAUCUCAGAAAUACGGCCUACGGAGCAAGUCGUACGGACAGGGACGCCAACGGUUCCUCAUCGUCAGUCGCAAAGUGCACAAAGACCAGCUCAUUGGUCAGCUUUUACAGGAGGGACAGGUGGGACGGUACGAGCUCGUGAAACCUCAGGCCAUUCACUGAUGUGCAUGCAGGGCAAAUCACAAAAAAAACAUUGGACAUCCAUUUAAACUUCAGUACAAAUCACACUUGAGUGUAAAUGCUGUGUUUCUACUUGUAUGUGACAAACUUACAGCACACAUUAAUAAAAGAGAAUCCUUCAGGGAUCACCUGUGGUUUCUGCAUUCCUUUGCCAUGCAAUACACUUCAGCUUUAGCAGGAGCUUUACAAUAAGUGAUUUGUCUUUUUUUUUCUUUUUUUUUUUUGGUCUCCUGCCAUUCCACGUCUUCUAUUCGUUUAACCUUUUGCACAAGCUUCAGUACUUUGUGGUACCAUGUCCUGAUGAUGUUCCAGUUACUUUAGGAAUUAAGAGGUUUUUGUUACUGAGAUCCACUUUUCUUUGUUUUCUGGCUAUUUUAAGGAACUCUGCAGAAAAUGCAGCUUGUCACUGCUUGUUGUGGAACAUUGUUGACAGUCGACUCAUGAGAGGCAUCAAACUGUAGCCAGAUGCUCAUAUCGGUCUCAAUGUAGUGAUACGUCUCAAUCUCUCUACCAGCAACGCUGUCUGCUGUCAUUCUACAAAAACAAGCCGCGUCCAUAAAUCAAACUCCUCUUAUGGAAACUGUAAGCUGUGAUCUUUGUUAAAUGUCGGAUGUGUUGGUUUGUGUGAUUACAGUUAACUUGUCUGCUUGUUUUCACAGCUGUAAUGAAUAAAUCUGAACUGAUGACAGAUGUAUAUUUUUGUGUUGUCAGUUAAAAAGCAACAGACAACUGAUGUAUAUUUAUUUUUUUAUUUACAAGAAAAUGUACAUGUUUGUUACAUGGGUUACCAGUGCAAAGUUUUAUAAUCUGAAAAAAAACACCAUCCUGUUAUGCAAGAUUGUAAAAUAGCAUAGAAAUGUUCUCACACAGCCUUUAAAUGUCAGUAUUAUGAAACUGCGUGAAACAAAGUGAAGUGCCCGCAAAGGGAACUAAACAUCUUGUUUGUGUUGAAGAGGGACAUAUGUGUAUUCACCAAUUUCUAUAAUGUUUUUUAAAACUCAAACGCAUGGCUUUACAUCAACAGUUGAGAGAAAAAUGACCCCCAAAGGCAUCUGUUGAGCUGGAUGGAUGUCUGUGCUGGGUUCAUUUUCCAUCCCUCUCAAAGGCAUUCAAAAGACAGAAACAAAACCAAAAGAAGUGAGGCCACUAAAAAAGGAGCAACACCCAUGAACAGCUUUUUUUUUGUAAAUAUGUAUUGUCGGUAUCCACGCAGCAAACCACACAGCAAGCACAUCGAAUGAACUGUCACUGUGUCAUCCAACCGGUUUACUUCAUGUAGAAAUAAACAGGGAGAAAAGUGACAGACUGGCUAUUGCCUUUUUUUUUUUUUUUUUUUUUAAAGAAACAAGUUGGUGCAUGUAGCAAGUAACCCAGAUAUAACAAGGUACAUUUACUUUGAACAAACGUACGCUACAGCCCAACACAAGCAUUUCGGCAGUGAAUGCCACACAACAGCAUACAAACGUAGCAACAGUUAUGGGACAAAUAUACUGAGAAGGAUUUUAAGGAUUUUAUUUCUGUGAGAUCAGCUGUUUCUCUUGAUCGGUGGUUUCUUGAUUCGGGGGCCGGGACACUGUUCCUACUCGAACGAUAACAACGGGGGUCAACAGUCACGCCAACUCUGUUCAACAAUAGCAGAAACCCUCUUCUCGUACUCCCGCUUGUUUUCCUGGUACAGCUGGGCUGCUUGGCUGUUGGCUGGACUGUUUGGGUUUGGCUCAUCCAGUAAAGACUUGAAAUACACAAAAAACACAUGUUUCAAAUGAAGCUUUAUGACAUAACACAGUCGUAAUGUAUAAAUUACUUGUGGAUAUUAUUUCUUUGUCACUUCAACUAAUCCUGAUUCGCAUUGGCACACUGUGUUUAUGUGCAUGAAGGAAUGUUGGAUUACCUGUAUUGAAGUUAAGAUUGAAGAGACAUCAUAGGUUGGACUCCAACGAUUCUGAAGUAUAUCUAAACAUAUGCUUCCAUCUGCAUACACUGCAAAGAGGAGCACACAUAAUAUAAGGGAUACGUGUAACAAAAUGCAAUUUCUGAAAUUGUUGGCGCUAGAUAUUAUGAACAUACCAUUUGGAUGAAACAUUUUUGAGGCAAAUCGCACUGUUGGAGGUUUAUUUGGAUAUUCCUCUGUGAAUUCAAUGGUAAGUUUGAAGGUUCCUGGAAGUCAGAAGAAACGGCAUUGUAUGAAUUGAGAGACAUCAACUAGUAACUGUUACAGUGCAUUACAGUAAUCUAACCAACUAGUAAAUGCAUGUGUCAAUUUGAUCUGGUUGUUCUGGUGAUUUUGAUACAACACUCAAAAACGAGACUACAUCAUUUUUGUAACUCAGCGGCCAAGUUAGUGAUCAGAAACGGAUUAUUUUUGUGGAAUUGUGCGGGCAAAAGAAAAGAUCAACAAAAGCUCUGAAGAACUACUUAAAACUACUAUUCAGGGUCCACAGAUGCUGAAGAAGAAAUAACUCCAAGUCAAAGGGUUACCUUCUUGGACAACUUGACAAAGUCUAGUGCAGUAAGAUAUUAGUUAAAACAUCUAAGGCACCAUCUAAAAUCGACUCAUUACCAUAAUAUAUAACUUUCCAUGUGCAAUAUUAGGGUUGGAAAUACACAUUAUUUGGAUGUAAAGAGCUUUAGGAGGACUUACCAUCUUCAAAAGGUGUUCCCUCAGGUCUAAAAGAGGUAAAAAAAACAUGUUGAUCAUCACUUACAAAAAGAUCCAAUUCACUUUUCAUACCCUAGUUUGAAAUACUCACAAACCCCGCUGAUAUAAACUACAGUAUUAUCACAGUGACUAUUUCUACAAAACAACUGCUGACUAAAAUGAAUGUAAUAGGUUUUAACAAAUCAACUUACCCAAAAAUGACAGCAUUCCAUACCAUGAUAUUGUUUUCUGAUGGUGCCCCACUAACUCCAGCUGGAGGGUCCUCUUGCAGUCUAACAGAGUAAAAAAACACACAAUGGUGUCACAAAAAUACAGGUGAUAUUCAAAAAGAGCAAAACAAAUCAGCAGACAGCAAGGCUCCAUUGAAUAGGAAAACAGGAAUAUAAUCCCCAAGUUCUAUUUCUAAGGCUGGGUGGGCAUUGGGCAAUCGUAUGCUGGAGGGCUGAGAGUUUGGAAAACACUCUGGCUGGAUAUACAUCAACACAGGAAACCCUAUAAUGCUAAUCACUCUUCUGGAAUGUCUGUUUUGGUAAUAUAAUGAUAUAAAUCAUACUGUUGUGAUAUUGUCAAGUGAGAAAUAAAGUUGUCUAUAGUGCACAGUCCUAUCAGUGAAAAUGAACAAUGCCUCUACCUGAUUGGCCAUUUCAGCCAAGUUCUAAAUGAAUGUUUAUUAAAGUUCAGUCCUUUAGUCACGUUGUCAGAGAAAGACUGUGGUGAUUGAUUUAGACUGUGAGUUAACUCUUAACCUCUGUCUGUGACCAUCAGUUCUGUUUGGUA